AUGGAGAACCAAGUGAUUUCCAUCUCAUCUUCCGAUUCUUCCUCGACCAAACAGGUCAAGAGGAAGGCUAUGGAGGAAACCCAGAUCUUGUCUCGAUCAGACAAGAAGGAGACCCGUCGUUCCAGGUGGCUGGAAGACAUUCAGAAGGUGGGGAGUUCGUCGAGAUCUAGGGUUUACCCCUGCAACUUCUGCAAGAAGGAGUUCUCCUCUUCCCAAGCCCUAGGCGGUCACCAGAUCGCUCACAAACAGGAACGAGAAUGGGAGAGGAGGCGCAGACAGAUCGGGUCGGAGUAUCCAUGGAUGGCCCUUCUCCCCGCCCACUUGAACCGAUCGCCGAUCUCAUCGACCGCGUCUUGGACCAACAGUUUGUCGUAUGACAACCAUCUCGGCUCGCGCUUCGAUACGUUUUUCCAAAACCCCAGUAAUCUUUUCAGCCCGACGGUCCGAUACAACUCGGGAUACGGCGGCAUGGCCAUGACCCGUGAUCUCGUUCCAACCGAUGGUUUCUCGAGAAACUUCAGUCCCGUUGGUGAUUUUCCGAGAAAUUUCUUCGGACCGUCGGAAAACACAGUAAUUGGCGAUGGUUACUCGAGAAAUCUCAUGGCAACUGUCGGGGAAACCAGUUUUAACGACAAAAAUCCCGUCCACAGGGAAGAUGUUCAUCUGAAGAACGACAGUGCAAAAGACUGGGGGCAAGAUUUGUCUCUCAAGAUCUAAAUUCAGUCCUCGUUCAUUUAGUGUGUUUUUUUUUUUUUUUUGAAAUUGAGGUAUAUAAUAUUAUAUAUCUCCCCACA